UCAGCACUUUUUCUGAAGAAUAAACGUUUGAGAGACAUAGAAACAAAAAUGAGUGGCUGUUUAGACAAAGUAGAUUGUCGCUGUAGCUGUGACUGUGACUGUUGGCAGGGCUUGAAGGAUCGACUAACACCCAAGAGGAACAUGCUGGCCUCUGUAGUGUCAGGGAUACUAUUUUCUGCUGGCUGGUGGGCAGUCAUUGACGGUUUCACAGAACAUGUAGAGCCGAUUUAUGCAUCGUAUUUCAUCAGUGGGAUACUCUCAACCAUUGCUUUACUAAUGAUCAAUGCUGUGUCCACGGGGCAAGUGACAGGUGAUGCGUACACUGAGGGCUGUCUGGGGAGGAAGGGGGCUAGGGCCUGGCUAUUUGUGGGGUUUGCUCUGGCCUUUGGGGGACUCAUCAGCUCUCUCUGGAUCUUCGUUCAGCAGUUUAUUGUCCCAGCUGUAACGUGUAGUCCCACAAUCUUUCCACCCUCAAACAAUACCAAUGCAACAUUUGACGAGAUGUUAGCCAACACCACGACCACGACCACCAUCCUACCAGCUGCUCAGUGCAUACCAUACUGGUGGCAGGGAAGCUCUGUCUUCAUUCAGAACAUUCUCAUCUUCCUCAGUGCGCUGGUAUUCAAGUUUGGCCGAACUGAAGAGGAUGGUUGGUAGAGACGUGCAGGCGGUGGAUAAACAACACUUAUAAUAAUUAUUAUAGCUACAUAGUUAUACUCAUUCAAUGUUUUACGUUCUCAGUCAUUGUUUUGAAAUAAGAUGCACGUAAACACUAUGUUUCGUUUUAAACCACAAGAUUGUUCGAGAAAUGCG